AUAGAAAUAAAAAUGGUGGAGUUCACCAUGUUUGUAUUGAGGUUGAUGAUGUUACAACAGCCAUAAAAGAUUUAGCAUCAAAAGGCAUUAGACCUAUAGAUCCUGAACCGAAAAUUGGUGCACAUGGCAAUCCAGUUGUUUUCUUGCAUCCAAAAGAUUGCUGUGGAGUUUUGAUUGAAUUAGAAGAAAUUAAAAAAUCUUAG